GACGAGGAUGAGCCAACGGCCAUAAAAGAAUAUACGCAGCCGGAGUCUGCCUCCUCUAGAAGGGGCACCAUAACCGGCUCCCUGCCUCAAUCUAUCGAUAAGAAACGCAAGGACAACAUGAACGAAAAGAUAUACGAGCUGUAUGAGUCGAUUCCGAGCGACUUGUUUGUUGACAGUAAAGACAAGUCGUCAGGCACGAAAGAUGGCAAGCCGAACAAGGGUCAGAUCUUAAGCAAGGCCGUGGAGUAUAUCAGCAAACUCCAGGCGGACAUUGACGAAAAGAACAGAAAGGAGGUCGAGCUGAGCAUCCGAUUGCGCAAUCUGGAAAUAGCACAGAACGUUCCGGCCUCGCAGCGGUUCAAUCUGCUCCACACGAGCGCAGAACUGGGAUUAGCUAAGAUUGGCGUUGGCCCGUUGGCACAAGAGUCGUCUGAGUCGCCCAGACCAUGAUAGCCCGGUACUAUAUUUAUUGUAAUAUACGUCAAUCGGCGCCAAUCGACGCGCAUCGACGCC